GCAGCAUCGCAAGCCGAGCAGGAGACCAAAUCCUAAAAAUGCUACGUUCAACCUUAGUAUCCCUGUCACUUGGGCUUUUCCCGACCCCCUGUCGCCCUAGCAAUUCCCAUGAUAUCAACAAACAACUGGUGGCUGCCAGACCCGUGGCCAGUAAUUCGAAUUCGGGACUUAAUCUAUCGCUACAUCAAAUAGACCAAUCGCACUUGACGCCAAGCUAUGGUGCUGACACCAAGCUGCAAACCGAGUCUGGAAACAGGCGGCAUUGUUUGGAAAAUCACACAGCCCAACUGCCGCUGGCAGCGCUGCCCCAGAAUCCAGUCAGAACUGCCCCAGCAGCCGAGGCUGCAUUCACAUUAGGGCAGUUCACUGAGCAUGUCACUCAUGCCGAACCUUCUGUCCUGAUUGGCGAUUCGAAAGAAAAUUCGUCUCCUGGUGUAACGGCAGCAGAGGCUGAUAAGACUGAGACUGGCGAGAGUCAACUCGUCGAAUCAACGGAUCGACCCACCAAACGGCAAAGAUUCUGUACAGGAUCCGAAGAACCGAUGGGUGCUUCGUAUCGUCCUGCGCAGUAUCAGCUGGUGGGGGAUGAAGACCCGACAUUGCCGACACCCAGCAAAGUGUUGCAAUGUUUGCUGCCCGCCGUAGCCGAGAACUACACGUCAGCAGCAAAGGCAGCGAACCGAGAUUGGCUAGAAGAUCUGCAAGGAUGA